AUGAGAUUGUCUCUUGAUGUAGCAAAGAGGUUCUUAAGGUUGCAAGAUAUGCUUGGGUUCGAUAAGGCCAACAAUACUAUCGACUGGCUGCUCAUGAAAUCAAAACCCGCUAUUCAAGAUCUACUUCCCCAGCAGUUAGACCAUACUUGCAGUCUCAUUGGUCUGUCAAAUAGCGGUUCUUCUGCAUCAGAAUGUGAAGUUAUGUUUGGAAUUGAUGAUCAAUCUAUGGAGAAAAUUAGGGAAGAUACGGUGAUUAUAGUAGGUAACGCAAAAUCUACUUCCUCUAGCAGUAACAAAGAGAAGAAAAAACUUGAUAGAGGAGUUAGGAAAAGUGCGUAUAUUCAUAACUAG